AAAAAAAUGGCCAUCUCGACAGCCAUCACCUCCCUCCUAACCUCCAUCACCGAAUUGAUCCAAUCCCUCGUCAACGGCAUCUACUCCAUCUUCCACACCAUCUUCUCCGCCUUCUUCAGCCUUUUCUUUGGCCUGUUCGCCUUUGUCGGUGACUUGUUCAAAGGAGUCGCCAACACAUUGGGCGGUGUGGGUAAUUUCGUUGCUAGCAACUUCCUCAUCAUUGCUCUUAUUUCCGCUGCUGGUUUCGCCUACGUUCGCUACACCAGCCAAGGAGGCACGACUUCGGGACAAAAGGCGGCGAGUGUAGGCAGGAAGAAGGUCAACUAAGUUCACAUGGGGACAACUUUUGGAACCUAGAUUGCCGACUAUGGGCCGAUGACGAGUUUUGCGUCGGGACAGCGAGGAGACGGUUACGUGGCGCCCUGUGUGGGAACAUAAUGACAUUUUGAGUCGAAGCACGAGUGAGGAGGUUGAGAGCGAUAUGAAUAAUGAAUGGAUAGGAUACCCCCCGGACAGCUUUUUGGAUGGUUUACGAAUAGUUAUUCGAACUGUAUUCUUGGAGUUAUGGGUUUGGGUUGUCUGGAGGCUUUGAGAGGAUAAUACCACAACUUUGUCACUACUUCCUUCAAAUUUCACCAAGUUCGCUUGUAUAAUUGUAUCAAAAAGACAAUGAUACGGGCAAAUUGAUUAAGUGGAGUUCGAGCUCACUUA